UCAAACUCCCAACCUGACUUCACAAAAUAAUACCAGGUAUCAAUUGGAGUGCUAGAACAGCGAUCUUAAACCGAAACACACAAAACUUAACAAGAUUAUUACAACAUACAAGCCCUGAUAAUGUGGAACAAGCUAAACCAAUCAAUCCUAGGCGGAGAUGAAGAAGAAGAAGAUGAAUUGUUGUAUGAUACUCAAGACCUCUGUUCACUCACUCAUCUUCAGGCAAUCUACGCCUUCGCUGCCUGUAUGCUGACUGCUUUAGUCCUUAUGCUUUUGUCACUGAUCGUGUUUGCAAAUCCUAUUAAAUUUGCUUUACUGUUUACAUUUGGCAACUUGAUUGCCAUUGGAAGCACAGCAUUUCUUAUUGGACCUGCACAACAAAUAAGAAUGAUGUUUGAUCCGGUUCGUAUGUACGCCACAACUAUCUAUAUUGGGUGUGUUGUUUUAGCCCUCAUCUGUGCUCUUCUGAUCCAUAGUAAAGUUUUGACCCUGAUAGUAAUCAUUUGUGAGAUCUGUGCUUUUAUCUGGUACAGCUUAAGCUAUAUUCCUUUUGCUCGUAGAAUCAUAUCUGAGCUAACGAUCCGGCUAUGUGACACGGAAAUCUAGAGCAUUAUCUGGAAGUAGCUACUCCUUGCAAGUUCAAUUAGAUUGCGGAAUAUGAAUUAUUGAAUGAUUCUUUGUUAGUCAUUGUUUAUAUCCUUCAAGACACCAGUUCUUGCCAUUUCCUUUUACUGAUGUUUAUUUUACUCAAACUUACUUCAAAUCACUAAUAUCUCUCUCCCCUCCCCCCACCACCGCGUAUAUCAUUGUCGGAGAUUCUAAUGCAUUCACAAGAAUGGGACAGAGAACAAGACACCGCACUGGUGAUUUGAAGUGACAAAAAUAUGCUCGAUUCACUUUAAAUGUUAGAGGUGGAGUUGUGAUACACGUUGCAUGUGUAUAUGGCCAUAUGGGAAUGGGACCUAAUGGAAGGCCUUUUGUCUGGUAUCAAAUCCCUAUAUGUUUGAUGCCCACUUAUAGCUGUCUUCGGUUUGGUUUAAAUUCAAAUACUUAUUCUACUACAAGUUUUAUUUGGUGUGGAA